UUUCCUACUUUGGUUAAGGUAUAAAUGUCAUUAGAAGUGGUGCUGGAGUAUUCAAUUGGAUCUGCAACUCACAAUGAAAGGAAUAAUUGCAUCAUUGGUCAUCUUGUACGCGGCCGUUGGGCGGGCCCAAUUAGAAGAAUGCCCGAAAGAACAGGAAGCCAACGGGGACGUUCCAGUGCUGCUCAAACAUAAAGAUUGCGACAAAUUCUUUUUAUGUAGGGGCGAGGGCGAGGGCGUUGAGAUGAAUUGCCCGUCAGGCCUUUUCUUUAACAAGAAAACAAUGAUCUGUGACUGGCCAGAAAACGUAAAUUGUGAGGGCCGUAAUAUUCCUGUGGUGAGUAACUCCACCACCACCACCACCACCUCCACCGUACCUCCAAUUGAAAUACCUGACGAGUUCUUGCCCAAUGGAUGCCCUGCGAACCCUCGUAUCCACUGGCUGCUGCCUCACCAAACUGACUGUAACGCCUUCUACUACUGCGUCUGGGGAGGACGGGUAAUGAGGAACUGUCCACCUACUUUACAUUUCAACAGAAAGCUUCAGGUUUGCGACUGGCCUUGGGCUGCCGGAUGCUCAGCUACAUUCAACAAACAUUUGGAAUCCAGACAAUCACUGAGAUAAUUUAACCUGAAGACCACAAUAAUUAAAAUGAAUUUAAACAAGACAAUGUGAAAAUAAUUUAUACUUUAUUUUUUUUGCAUAUUUUAUACUCUACAACAUUUUCUAUGAAUAAAAUCUAAGCAAGCUAAUUAAA